GGAUCUAUUUGCUUACCUGUUUUAUGUACCGCAGAAUACGCGUACACUAGAAGGGUGAACGAAAAAAUUGAUGUGUACAGCUUCGGAGUGGUACUUCUGGAAUUGGUGACGGGAAGAGAAGCCAAAUGUGGAGAUGAGCACACGAGCCUUGCAGAAUGGGCAUGGCAGCAUUACCCUGAGGGAAGGCCUGAGGUUGAAAUAUUUGAUCCGGAGGUCUACGAACCUUCUCACUUGGAGGAAAUGACUUCAGUGUACAAGCUGGGGCUUAUAUGUACAAGCAAUUUACCAUCUUCCAGGCCUUCCAUGAAGGAAGUUUUGCAUUGUCUUCAACAUCAUGGUCCGCAGGGAAGAAGCUAUGAAGGAAACAAAACAGAAAGAGAAGUUGAUGAUGCUCCCGUUCCUUGCAGCUCUACUUAUAGUUACAAGCAGAGUACAAAAGAAUCAGGGGAAGAUGACUACCUGGCGGUCAAUUGCGUCUGAUGCCCCACAGCACAUAAUAGUUGCCUACUUGACCCGAUGAAAGAGAGAUCGCAUGGUUUCCUACCGUUUAUGUUUCAGAAGUUUUUUGAAUCCAGCAAGAGCAGGUAAGAGAAAGAAUAAGAGGAAAACAGUAGUAGAUAGCAAUAAGGCAACUAAGGAACUGUAUUACAGGAAAAAAUGUACAAAGAUCUAAAAGAAUGGCUUUAGGAUCUGAAUCUCACAUGAACCAAACAUCUUGCCACUAAAUGAUUCAUUCUCAUCAAUAAAACAAAGCCAAGAAAUGUACCACAACAGCACAAAUAGGACAAAUGAGAUGGGAAGUGCCUUCACAGAACAGAUAUAAUUCAUUAGCUUCUUGUGUCUGCAGAGCUCUGCACAUGUCCUACCAACUCACUCUGGAGUAUACCUGUAAAACCAUAGUGAAAGCCAGCAAUUAAUGUGGCACUUACCAUGGUACUGUCUAGCACUCAUUCCAAAAGGACAAUUUUACCGCAUGCAUCAUCUUCCAAACAUUAGGUUGUUGACUUCAAACUCAACCUGCUAAAAGGAAUCACACAAACCGAACAAACAGCAUAAAGAGAUCAUAAUUUGUAUAUACAAAAUGGAGGUUUCAAAAACACAUGCCUUAUCACUGGCUUUUGCAAAGUUUCUGACCUCACUUGAUCUUGAGAUUUUACAACCUUCCCAAGUGCAAUAUUUGGCUAUACAACAAAAGUUACAAGAAAAGUUAGGUUCUGAACAACAAACAAAUCAAAAGAAAAUAAGAGGGAGGGUCAAGUAUCUGAGCCUCAGACACAAAAUAGAGUCACGUUCUUAAGCACAGUUACUGGAAACAUAGCACGUAUGGUGGUGCAAGACCUGUCGCCACAUAUGCACCAGUUAGGAGAUUGACUGUGCAAACCAUAUUAGCGUAUUAAAAAAUCAAGGAAGAUUAAGUUACAAAAGGUUGCACUGAUUCCAUGAAAGAUGUGAAAAAUUAUCAGGGAAAAAGUAAAAGGGGGAGAAAGUC